AUGGUACAAAAGAAGCUUAAUGAAUUUCUAGGUGUUAUUACGGCCAUAGAGGAGGUGGCCACAGACAUAUACAAAUACACAAUAUAUGUGGGGGAGGCGCCAGCUCCUGAUCUGUGCUAUGCCAUUCGGCUGGGCGUGCCUGGGCGCGGCGUGACCCGGCCUUUUUCCCCUGUUAAGUACAAAAAUUCUCUGGUUGAGUGCAUUAUAAAAAUAUAUCCGUGUGACGCCGGCAAAGAAGACAGCAUGUUUACGCCAAAUCUAAGAAAGCUAUUGGUUGGUGCGGAGCUGACCGUUCUGUGGUACACGCCAAAGUAUUCGAUAGCCCAGAUUUUGCGCAGCGAAUGCCCGCCAGUGUGCAUGAUCUCUGCCGGAACAGGAAUAACUCCCAUGCUGCAGAUACUGCAGCACGCAUCCGACACAAAGAGUCGCUGCGCCUUCUUCUUGAUAAACGUGUGCGAAAGUUCCCAGCACAACAUUUUGGGGCGACACAAGGGCGAAUACGGCUCCCUGGACGUGUCCCUGCAGAGCAACUUCACGGACGGAAAGGAUCGAGCGUAUGUUUUAGAGAACCUGAAAAACAUGAUUUUAGAUCGGCACGAAAAACGGCCGCAGAAAGACACUAUAUAUUUGGUGUGCGGGCCCGACUCUUUUGUCUCUGCUCUUGCGGGCGAAAGAAAAGGGGCCUAUGGAGGCAUUCUUAUGCAGCUUGGCGUGCCCGAGGCGCAGUGCUUUAAGUUCUAG